AUGAAUGCUGUGAGACUCAAUAAGAUACUGGUCACUUUAGCUGGUGAUGGAAAUUUUAAUCGCCUCUUUACGCAGUGCACUGUGGUCGCGGUAGAAAAAGAAUACUUGAGAUGUCGUUUCCAAGUUAGCAAGGCGGAGAUGAACUCCUACCGGAAGUUGCAUGGUGGCUAUAUGGCUUCUGCUGUCGACGUGAUUUCGAGUCUAGAUCUUAUUAGACACGGGCAUGAUAAUCAUGUAACUGUAGACUUGGGCAUUUCUCUUUUUCAACUUAUUUUUAUUCGCAGCUGUUUCAAGCCAAUCUCACUUGGAAAUUGGGUCCUUGUUGACUCAUUUUUGAUGCGCAAAGGCAAAACAUUGGCAUUUCUUGAAGUGCACUUCCGUGAUGAAGCAACUAACGAGCUUUGUGUCACUGGGAGGCACACUAAAUUCUUGCUUCCCUAG